UCAGCCUCCUCACCGCGCAGCUUUUCUAAUCCUCCCCAAACUCCAAAAGUGUCCGGGAGCAGAAUCAUAGCUGCGUACAUUCCACAGGACGCCUUUCCGAGCCGCUCAGGAGCCUUUUUCAUUCCCACAGAGCGAGAGGGAGCGCUUGGAGAUCACCUGGACACUCCUGCUUACAUAACUUUUCUUCUUUUUGGCUGCACUUGAGCGACUCCUUUUACAUUCCAAAGACUUUUGGCCCAGGACGCGUUUAUUAUUCCCCUUUUUAGAACAACUUCCAAACUCCCUUUUCCUCAUAAUAACCAUCCGAACUGACCAAAUAAGCAGGAAGCAGCAGCUGAUCGUUGUUUUUUGUUGUUACUUUUGCACAGAAAUAGUCCCCUUUUUCCUCCUCGUAGUCUUAAAUUAAGUUAGAAAAAAGCGAACAAUGGCAGGGAUGAACUCUCUGGAUGCUGUGAAGAGGAAGAUUCAGUGUUUGCAGCAGCAGGCCGACGACGCGGAGGACCGAGCUCAGGUCCUACAGAGAGAACUGGACAGUGAACGGGAGCUGCGAGAGAAAGCAGAGGGAGAUGUAGCAGCUCUGAACCGCAGGAUCCAGCUGGUGGAGGAGGAGUUGGACCGAGCCCAGGAGAGGCUGGCCACGGCGCUGCAGAAACUGGAGGAGGCGGAGAAGGCUGCAGACGAGAGCGAGAGAGGGAUGAAGGUGAUCGAGAACCGAGCGAUGAAGGACGAGGAGAAGAUGGAGAUCCAGGAGAUGCAGCUGAAGGAGGCCAAACACAUCGCAGAGGAGGCAGACCGCAAAUAUGAGGAGGUGGCUCGUAAACUGGUGAUCCUGGAGGGGGAGCUGGAGAGAGCUGAGGAGAGGGCCGAGCUCUCAGAAUGUAAAGCCAGUGACCUGGAGGAGGAGCUGAAAAAUGUGACCAACAACCUGAAGUCCUUAGAAGCCCAGUCUGAGAAGUACUCAGAAAAAGAAGAUAAGUACGAGGAGGAGAUCAAAGUUCUGACUGACAAACUGAAGGAGGCUGAAACCCGUGCAGAGUUUGCAGAGAGGACAGUGGCCAAACUGGAAAAGUCCAUUGAUGAUCUGGAAGAGAAACUAUCAAGUGCCAAAGAGGAGAACCUGGGCAUGCACCAAGUCCUGGACCAGACCCUGCAGGAGCUGAACAGCUUAUAAACCCACUGAGAUGAAGCUGCAGAGGACGAGAUCGUCAUUAACAUUCCAUUAAGUGUUCAACUCCAUUCCACAUUUCGAGCUAUAAAAUCUUUAUUCCCCCACGUUUAAAAAAAAAAAAAAAAAAAGGGGGGGGUUAACUUAAUGCUUGUCCCUUGAUGUUUUUUUUUUUUUAUUCUAAGGCACAACUUUUUCUUUUUUUCUUUAAACAUGGGAAAUCAUUUGGAACCCAUUGCUUCUUCCUCUCUUUUAUUUUUAUCUCCAUCUGUGAUUUCAGAAAUUCUUUUUUUUGACCACUUAUUUAGAAAAAAAACUGGCAAUAAAUUCACCCAAAGAAAUGUCAGAUUUGGUCACUCAACCACUUAAAACUGGCUCCAUUCUUUUUGUUUUGUUUUCCAUUGUAUGUGCACAUAUUGUCUGGUUAUUUUUACUACAUAGGCUACAGGUGCCAUCGGGUUUCCCUUCCCUCUGCAUUUGUGUGGCUCUCAAGCGCCACCUAGUGGUGAUAUGAAGUUAGUAAACAGUUAUUUUUGUACCAUCUUUAGUGGCUGUGAGUCAACAGACAUUUAACACAUUUGUGUCUGUCGUAACAGUAAAAAAUCUCCUAAAUCUGUGUUUAGUGGACAGAUGACCUCACGGAAAAGGUUUCAGGCACAGACUGCUCAGUGUUUUUACAUUUACUUGGAAUUUAAAGCCUCUUUUUCCAAAUUUUGAAUAAACAGAAGCUGACUGAGAGCUGUGCACGUCCCAACUAUCCCUGAGCUCAAUCUGACCACUUCACGGCCAACGAUACGCCAUAAUGUAGCCGAUAUUUACUAGAUUUACAAUAUAUUGUAUUACAUGGGCGAGCUGAACCCCAAACCACUGGAAGCUCAGUGAGUUUUUAGCAACCAUGGAUACUUAUUGUAUAUAGUAGAAGAAUGUUAGGUAUGUGACAAGUUGUAUUGCUUUGAUUUUUUUGGUUUUGUUUCAUUUACACCACUUCUUUCUCGCCAGGGGAACUCUCAAAACCAAAGAACACACACAUAACACAGACAAUUAAUUCCUCAAAUGUUUUAUUUUUUUGUUUGUGAUGGUCUUCGUGGUUUCAUCUCAUGCCAUGGCCACGGAAAAGCGCCUCACAUUUGACUGAGACCAUCUCCUUGAAAUAUUUCACUCACCGCCCCACGCCACCCUCCAUGUCAACCUAAUAAAUGUUUUACAGAAA